AUGAUGAAUUUAGGUAAUCGUGUUAAAUCGGUUAUUAAAUUAACUUCAACAACAGGUUUAACAGGCAAAGAUUUUCAAGCAACCAAAGUUGCAACAUUUUCAACAGCACAAGUUCAACAAGCACAAGAAAAUGUUAGAUCAUAUGGUGGUUUGAAGGAUAAAGAUCGUAUUUUCACAAAUUUAUAUGGUGAACAUGACGUUUAUUUAAAGGGUGCUAUUGCACGUGGAGAUUGGUAUAAAACUAAAAAUAUUAUUGAUAAAGGUAAAGAUUGGAUAUUAAAAGAAAUGAUGGCCUCUGGUUUAAGAGGUAGAGGUGGUGCUGGUUUCCCAUCAGGUUUGAAAUGGAGUUUCAUGCCAAAAACAACUUCAAAAGAUAGACCACAAUACCUUGUCAUCAAUGCUGAUGAGGGUGAACCUGGAACAUGCAAAGAUAGAGAAAUUAUGAGACACGAUCCUCAUAAAUUAAUUGAAGGUUGUUUACUUGCUGGUUUUGCAAUGAGAGCAUGUGCAGCAUACAUUUAUAUUCGUGGUGAAUUUCAUUAUGAAGCAAAAGUAUUAGAACAAGCAAUCGAUGAAGCAUAUAAAGCAGGUUUAAUUGGUGAAAAUGCAUGCGGUACAGGCUAUAAAUUUGAUGUAUAUGUUCACAGAGGUGCUGGUGCAUACAUUUGUGGUGAAGAGACAGCUCUCAUUGAAAGUAUUGAAGGUAAACAAGGUAAACCACGUUUAAAGCCACCUUUCCCAGCUAUGGCUGGUCUUUAUGGUUGUCCAACAACUGUAACAAAUGUUGAAACAGUAGCUGUUGCUCCAACUAUUUUAAGACGUGGCGGUGCUUGGUUUGCAAGUUUUGGUAGACCAAAGAAUGCAGGUACUAAAUUAUUUUGUAUUUCCGGUCAUGUCAAUAAUCCAUGUACUGUUGAAGAAGAGAUGAGUAUUCCAUUAAGAGAAUUAAUUGAUAAACAUUGUGGUGGUGUCAUUGGAGGUUGGGAUAACUUAAAAGGUGUUAUUCCAGGUGGUUCAUCAGUACCAGUCCUUCCAAAAAAUAUUUGUGAUAAUGUUUUAAUGGAUUUCGAUGAUCUUAGACAACACAGAUCUGGUUUAGGUACAGCUGCAGUUAUAGUUAUGAACAAAGAAACUGAUAUGAUUGCAGCAAUUGCAAGAUUAUCUAAAUUCUAUAAACACGAAUCAUGUGGUCAAUGUACCCCAUGUCGUGAAGGUGUUGGAUGGCUCUAUGAUAUCACCGAUCGUUUAGUCACUGGUAAUGCCAAACCCGAUGAAAUUGAUUCACUUGAAGAAAUUAGUAGACAAAUUGAAGGUCACACCAUUUGUGCUUUAGGUGAUGCUGCUGCUUGGCCAGUACAAGGUUUAAUUAGACAUUUUAGACCAGAAAUUGAAGAUAGAAUUAAACAAUUCCAACUCAAUAAGAAACAAUCACCAUUUUAA